CAUGCCUCGAUUCAUAGUGACGAAGAAGACUUCGUGAUGUGGAUUAUUUCUUGCUAAAUCGAUUAACCGUUCGUUUGUCCUCUUCAAAUCUGAAACGAAGAGCCACUAAGCGUCCUGCAAGACAGCAUGGCGAGCCAGCGACCGUCUUCCAGUAUGGGACGACCCAUGAGUCGCAGUGGAACUGUGGUUCAUUCAAGUGGAAGACCUCCGACAGCCAUCAGGCCUCCUCCUACUGCCAUCCGUGUCGGUACCGGGAUGGUUCCAGGAACAAGUGGACUGAGAGGCAGUCUAAGCACCGCCACUCAAGGGGUGCUGUCCGCACCCAUUAAAGUGACCGACAGGCCAGUGACCCAGCAAGGGCUCAGUGGGAUGAAAACCGGAAUGAAAGGUCCUCAAAGGCAGAUCUUGGAUAAGUCGUAUUAUUUAGGCCUCCUCAGGAGCAAAAUCAACGAGCUGACCAUUGAAACCAGCAAGCUGCACAAAGAGAUAGAAAACUACAACCAGGAGAACUCUGUCUAUCUCUCAUACGAGAGAAGAGCAGAAGGUCUGGCCUCAGAGAUCAGGGAUCUGCAGUGCCAGCUUGCUGACUACAACAUGCUGGUGGACAAACUCAACACGAGCACAGACAUGGACGACAUGACCAACGACUACAACAGUUUGAAAGCUCAGAAUGACAGUGAGGCUGAAGGCAUCGACCACAUCUUCACUGAACGACGGGAACGAGAGGAGGCCAUCAGGGCCAUCGAGGAGGAGGUCAAGAAGGAGAGACGCGCCGCCGACAAGGUGGUCCAGUCCAUGCCCACGGCCAAGCAGGAGAAGUACUUCGCCAUGACCAGCGACAACGAGGGGCUGCUGCAGAGCCUGAGUGUCCUUCAGGAGGAGCUGGACGUCCUGCUCACCAGGAAGGAGGACUAUGAAGCGGAGAUGGACCACUCCCAGAUCAAGCAAGAGAUGGUUCGGCUUCACCAGACGCUGGUGACGCUGGAGUCCAAACGUGACGCCCUGGAGGCCGAGCAGAAGAACAUGGGCACGCCUCAGCAGGAGCGAGAGAAACUCUUGAAGCAGGUGAAAGAGGACAAUCAGGAAAUCGCCAGCAUGGAGAGACAGCUGACUGAGAUCAGAGAACGGACAGGUCAAGCCACGGAGCAGGUCCGGCAGCUGGAGCAGGACUGCGAACAAGCGCACGGGGAGUCUCAGCAAAAGUACAGAGAGCUGAAGAGGAGAGAGGAGGACAUCGACCGUUUCUUGAACUCUCAUGAGGAGCAGGUGGGUCAGGAGCAGCAGAGGAUGGGCCAGAGUCAGGAGAACAUCGUCUCACUCCUGGAGCACUGCAGCAGGAACAUGCUGCGGCUGCGUCAGGUGGACACCAUAACAGCCAGCGAGCUGAGGAACAUGCAGGAAGUUCUGGUCAGCAAGGAGACGGAGGUGGUCCAGUCGGAGAGCACGGCCCGUGGCCUCAGCUCUGAGUCUCAGCGGCUCCAGCAGGACCUGGAGAAGGUGCAGCAGCUGGAGGGCAAGAUUUCCGGGGAGCUGAGCACCCUGAAGGAGCGGAUCAGCACCAUGGAGUCUGAGCUGGUCACCUACAGAGACCUGGACUUGCUCAGGCGCUCGGCCGAGGACAGGAAAAAGAAGCUGCAGGAGGAGCGAGUGUCUCUGAGUCAGCGCCAGGGCUCCUUCAAACAGCUGCUGGAGGAGUUGAGCCGUCAAUACGAAGAGCAGAAGACCAAACUGCAAGAGAAUGAGACUCACACACAGCUGGCAAACCUGGAGCGGAAGUGGCAGCACCUGGAACAGAACAACUUUGUCAUGAAGGAGUUCAUUGCCUCCAAAUCUCAGGAGAGCGACUUCGCCUCUGUGGCCAAGAAGGUUCAGCAACAUGUGUCGGAGUACAACAAGAGCCUGAUCGAUGCUCUGCAGAGCAACAGGAGCUGAACAUGCGGCGUUCCUCACCUUCGUGUCGCGACUGUUCAAUCUCAUUGAAUCAUGUUAUCAUGUGAUCAAAUUAAUAUUUUUGUAUAAUAAGUGUUCCCUUGAAACAAGUCACUUUUUCAUUAUGUGUCCUCAUCCCCAGAGGCCUAUAGAUGGCAGCUGUGAUGUUUGAAAAACUGAAUUAAAGCGCCACCUACCGACCUCAGAACGUGAUGCACUCACUGUCCUUAAUCUGCUGCGGAAUAAUAAAUAAUUUCCUAUU